AUGUCGCUGCAGAGUCUCUUUCGAACAACGCCACAAGAGAUCCUCUGCAAGGAUUUCAGCAAUUCCCCAGAGUCUCUUUCGAACAACGCCACAAGAGAUCCUCUGCAAGGAUUUCAGCAAUUCCCAUUAUCCUCCUACGCGAACAACAUGACGCGCCUUGCUCCCGUCAUCUCCAUCUCCCACGGCGGAGGCCCCAUGCCCAUCCUCGGCGAUCCCUCCCAUACCGCCAUCACAAAGUCCCUGCAAACCAACGUCCCUAGGAUUCUCAAGUUGGACACUCCAGACGCCCCAAAAGCUAUCGUUCUGGUGACGGCGCAUUGGUCGACGAGCAAGGUGACUAUAUCCAGUGGCUCGAAAUAUGACAUGCUGUACGACUACUACGGGUUCCCGCCGGAAGCCUACAAAAUCAAGCAUGAUGCGCCAGGCAGUCCUGAAGUAGCGAACCUUGUAGAAGCUGCGUUGAAAGACGCAGGCAUCGAAUGUGAAAAGGACGCUGAACGCCAAUGGGACCACGGCGUCUUCAUCCCCAUGAAACUCAUCGAUCCCGCAGCCCAAAUCCCCAUCAUCCAACUCAGCGUCCUAUCCUCCGAAUCCCCCUCGCACUCCUUCGCAAUCGGGCGCGCCCUCUCUCAUCUGCGCACCCAAAACAUCGCCAUCAUUGGCUCAGGCUUUGCCACCUUUCACAACCUGCGCCUCGUCUUCUCUGGCGCCUCCUCGACACCGGAAUUCAAGGGAAAAAACGUCGAGUGGAGUACCAAGGUUACGGAGGCAGCGCUCACGCUUGAUGAAGAGCUGCGCCAUGACAAGUUCUUGACAUGGAGGGAGUGGCCCCAUAGUUGGGAGAUGCAUCCUAGAGGUGGGGCGGAACACUUUUUGCCCCUGGUUGUGUGUGCAGGGGCUGCAGGACGAACAAGGGGGAAGGCAUAUGCGGAUGAGUUUGGGGGAUUUGAUAUGUGGAGUUAUUAUUGGGAUGAAGAGGGGGGGGGGAGGAGGAGAACAUAG